UCCCAAAUUCCAAAUCCUUCGCCACCAAGGAAAAAGAGCUGUCAACUUCGCCUUCAAUUUCCCCAGCGAUUCCCCAAACCACCGCGCAUUAAAAUUCCCGCACGAAAUCCCACAUCCGCACCCCAAUCCAACCCCCACCUCCCUGGCAACCAACUACCCGUCGGUCUCCUCCCGCGGCGGGGAUCUCCGGGUUCCUGAGCCUGAAUCGCCGCCGCCCCGGAGACCCCACGGAUCCCGCGCGCGCGCAGAAACCCCCUGUCAGUUGAGUCGCCAAAAAUCCGAUUUCGGGGCGUGUUGAUCGAGUGGAUUGCUCUCCUCCUCCUCCUCCUCCUCGUCGUGCUCCAGUUUAGGGGGUGUUUGGUGAAUCCGGAUGGGACUGCAGCAGUCCAAAGGGGAGCUGCUGUACCAGCAGGUCAACUACGGCAACGUCGAUGGGAUUCGCACCCUCCGGGCGCAGGGCGCGGACCUUGAGUGGAUUGACAAGGAAGGGAAGACACCCCUGAUGGUCGCCUGCAUGCGGCCUGAUCUCCUGAAUGUGGCCAAGGCGCUGAUUGAAUUGGGAGCGAAUGUGAAUGCGUACCGGCCUGGAUCACAUUGUGGGACUGCAUUGCACCAUGCUGCCAAGAAAGGACUCGAGCAGACUGUCCAUUUGCUUCUCUCACAUAGGGCUAAUCCUUUUAUAACAAAUGAUGAUUGUAACACUGCACUUGAAUUGGCAAGAGAAAAGGGCCAUGUGAACGUUGUACGGGCCAUAGAGGGACGUAUUUCUCUUUUUGGUGGAUGGAUGAGGGAGAAUUAUGCUCCUGCUUUUCUGGAUGCCAUUGCCCCACAGUUCAUGACAAGAAAGAUUUGGGCUGUGGUUUUACCCCGCGAAGUGAGGACUCCAACCAGGCCUCUCAAGUUAGAGUUAGCUAUAUAUCCUGAAUUACAGGCUUCUAAACCACGUGCUGUAAUCAAACUAUGGAAAUCUCAAAUUGAGGAACCAAAACUUAAUCAGGCUGACCCUUCCAUUAUCAUUUUUGACAAAGGAACAAAAAGUCGAUACAAGAUCUUACCGGCUUAUGAAGGUGACAAACAGCAGCUUCAAUGGUUUUACAGUGCAUGUUGCGGCAUAGCACAGGUUGUCAACACGGUUCCAGUACCACUGACAAAUCACCCAUUGCCAAAUCCAUUACCUGCAAAUUCAUCUUUGGCACAUUCAGAACUAUCCGCACCCAGCAAGGAGGAUGUUGACUUAGCGAUGGCUAUCAAUGCCUCCAUUCAAUCAGCUAUAGCAGAGGGAGUGCCCAAUGUUCAGCCAAAUGCAUCAACCCCCAACAACAAUGGCUGGGGUAACCCUCCAAGCAACUCUCUCAAUGGAUGGGCUCCACCGGUUACUCCUGCACCAUCAAAGAUGAGUGGGCAAGCCUGGGUUGAUGCUCCAAGCAGCAGUACUUACAAUGGAUGGGACAUGCCCGGAACAAGCUCUAACCAAAGUUCAUCGGAACCAGACAAAAGCCAAACCAACCCUCCAAUUGUGAUUCCGCAGGAGACACUUCUGGCUCUUCCAACCCCAACCGCGCCUCCAUUUGCUGAAGAAACCUUCUACAAUGGUCCUGUUCAGUAUCCAUCCGUAGAUUCCACGCCUGUCAAUGUAACCAUGCUGGCUACCACCGAAGGUGGUGUAGCGGCAACACCUGCAGAACCUGGAGAAAACGAAGCUAAUGUGGACGGGAGCGGUAGCACUCCAUCUGGCACUUGUGUUAUUUGUUUGGAUGCCCCUGUGGAAGGCGCCUGCAUUCCGUGCGGUCACAUGGCUGGCUGCAUGUCCUGUUUGAAGGAUAUAGAGUCCAAGAAAUGGGGAUGCCCUAUCUGCCGUGCCAAGAUUAACCAGGUUAUCCGCCUGUAUGCUGUUUGAGGAGUAGAAACAGCGGGCUUGGAAAGUUGGUACUGGAUGGUUCUCAUGACAAGUUUUGACGGGAACAUCUGUAUCCAAAAAUUAUGCAGUUCUGUGAUUGUGCAGUUCACUGCACUGUAAAUUAUGAAUUUUGUGUGAUGGGAAUUACUUGGGCUAUUAUACGGCAAGCGUCUUAUGUAUAUAUGUGUUUUAAGACAUUUCUGUUGUAAUUGCAGCCACGGAAUUUGAAACAAAAUAUUAUUUGCUCCGUGCUGAAAUCAAGAAGGCCGUGUGGAGCUUUUUCAA